AUGCUGACGUCGGCUGAGGAGGCCUACACAGAGUACCUGGAGCGUCGGGUGGUGGCAGGCGGCGUGGAUGCCACCAUUGUGCGCGCAGCACUGCAGCAGAUGGGCUUCGAUGAAAAGACAAUAGCAGCCAUGAUGGGGGACACCAGCGCCUACUCUUUGCCCUUCUCCACGACCAGCAGUGCCUCCUCCACCACAUCUACGUCAAUCUCCUCAGUCAAGAAGCCGAGUCGCGCGUCCGGGUUUUCGGCUGCCACCUCCACCCCCUCGGCUCCAUCAGAGAUGGCGGAUACGGCUCAGUUCCACCGUGUUGUCACCACGCCCGCUGAGUCCGCUGCUGACACUCCCACCGCUGCUUCUGCGACUACCACUCAGGUGACUCCAGCGCUGCCUUCCAUCGUUCCUGAGAGCAAGCGCAGUACCAGCGACGCAAAUCAUCUGUGCACGUUGUCUUCUCCUGCCACUGCUGCUGCCGCCGGUGCUGCUCCGCCGCCCUCUUCCUCAACUGCCUCGUUGUCUACGCCAUCGCGCACCUUGGUCGCAGACACCGUUGCAGGGGCAGCGGAGGCCUUUUUUGUCGACCGCCACUCUGGUGCGGUGCUCUCUUCGCGGAGCCAUGCUGAGUCAUCUGUCUGCGGGACGGACGCCAAGCAGGACUGUGCGGUCACUCUUGCCUCUGGUGCAUCGUCGCCCACACCUUCUGAGGCAGCGGCAGCGUCAGCUGACGAGCACGCUCAGCUCACUGCCGCCGAGCGCACCAGUCUAGCACAGUGGAUGCGCGAGUAUCAGGCACUCAUGCUAUCCUCAGCACUGCCGCGCCGAGCGUCACACUCACGCGCCGACGCGACAUCUCCCUCGACGGCGCCUCUAUUGCCAAGGGAGACGCCGUUCGACGCGUUUCACGCUCUCCCAUCCGCAGCCGCGUGCCGCGUGCGCACCGAGGGCGACAAGCGUGGUAGCGCCGGUGCCGCCUUGCGCGACAAGGGUGCUGCGCAGCUGCUGCCACCGUGGAGCGAAGCCGCCGCUCGCGUGUCGAGAAAGGUGGAAGACAGCGACUCUUGUGUCCCCGGCAGCGAUGGAGCCACAUCCUCUAACGGCUCCGCUUUCGCCCGUACAGAAGGUGAGUAUCCCCCCUACUUCAGCGAGGUACUGUGCCAGGACGGCACGGCCGUUGAAGAGCAGGCUCAGGAUGGAGGCGCGAACCCGUUUUCUGAGCGCCACUAUCGCUCAGCGGCUCAACCGUUCUAUCGGGCUGCUCGCAGUGCCGUACCGUCACCCGUUCGGCGCGCUGUUCCCAAAGCGAAAUCGACCGUAUUUGUUCCAACAUGCGGCAUAGGUGUUCCUCGUAUCGCCACCGGAUGUGUCCGCUGCAACUUCGACGCGGCGCAAUGCCGGCACCCGUAUCGAGAGGCACAGGAUGUGCGCAUCGUGCGUGCGUCUCACGUUGCCGUGACGAAUAAUGGCGAGUACAAUCGCCGUACGAUUGCCCAGUCGUGCUGUCAAGCUCGCCAGGUCGACGCUGCUCGGCAAGCCCAGCAGACGGCGCGGGCGCAGCCCACGAGUGGCCGCCUUGUUCCCGUCAUGCACGCCCCUAUCGGAAUGACGGUACAGCCGAGAGCUGGACUGGCAAGUGGGCGGCAGAUGAGCACGCUGCCUGUCAAGGCGAAGACGGACCGGGUAAGGUUGGCGCAGUACUACCGGCAUCAGUGGGCGGAGCAGGAACGACGCUCUAGCGCUGCAGGAAGAAGCGCCGCAUGGGAUGCCCGAUACGCGCUGCUAAGUUGCGCGGGCUGGACUGGGUAG